GGAGAGACCAACCUGGGUCACCACGGAGAGCUGAAGUCACUCUUCGGUCAACCUCUAAAGACUCACGUUGCCUGAGGAAGAAGCCCAGAAGAGGAGGAAGAGGAAAGAAAAGGAGUCAGAAAUGGCUCUUUCUCAGGCACAGUUGACCUUCAAGGAUGUGGCCAUUGAAUUCUCUCAGGAGGAGUGGGAAUGCCUGGACCCUGCUCAGAGGGCCUUGUACAGGGACGUGAUGUUGGAGACCUACAAGAACCUGGUCUCCCUGGAUAUCUGUCAUAUAUAUGUAAUGAAGAAAUUACAACCUAAAGUGAACAGUGAUGGAGGAGAAGUAUUCCAAACAGUGAUGUUGGAAACAUGUGAAAGCCGUGAAAUAAGAGAUUUUUACUUCAAGGAAAUCCAGGAAAAUAUGCAUGUCUUUGAGUAUCAGUGGCGAGAUGAUGAAAGAAAUUGCAAAGGAAUGCCUAUAACCUGUGAAGAAAAUCUCACUUAUAAAAGAAAUCAACAUUGGAAAAGGGAUGCAGGUAACAAGCCUGUUGAAAAUAGGCUUGGAUCAAGCUUUCGGGAUAAACUGAUAUAUCACACUGAAGGGAAAAUUUAUGAAUGUAAUCAAGCUGUGAAGUCUACCAACAGUAGAGGCUUAUUUUCAAUACUUGAAAGAAUUACUCCUAGUGCCCAGGCCAACAUUUCUAAUAUAUACGGGAAUGAUCUUAUCCAUCUUUCAGGACUGGCACAAGAACAGAAAGCAUACAAGGGAAAACCUUACAAAUGUCGUCAGUUUGGCAAAAUGUUUUGUCGGGGCUCAUACCUCACUAGACAUCAGAUAAUCCACACAGGAAAGAAAUCACACAGAUGUGAUGUAUGUGGCAAAGUCUUUCGUCGAAGUUCACACCUUGCGAGUCAUCGGACAAUUCAUACUGGAGAGAAACCGUACACAUGUAAUGAGUGUGGCAAGCUCUUUAGUCAAAAAGCACACCUUGGAAGUCAUCGGCGAAUUCAUAGUGGAGAGAAACCUUACACAUGUAAUGAGUGUGGCAGAGCCUUUACUCUUCGCUCAGAUCUCGUCAGACAUCAGAAAAUUCAUACAGGAAAGAAAUUAUAUAGAUGUGAUAUAUGUGACAAAGUCUUUAGUCGAAAUUCACACUUUGCAAAUCAUCAGAGACGUCAUACUGAAGAGAAACCUUACAAAUGCAGUGAGUGUGGCAAGGUCUUUACUCAAAAUUCACAUCUUACAAGACAUCAGAGAAUUCAUAGUGGAGAGAAACCUUACACAUGUAGUGAGUGUGGCAAAACCUUUAAUUUUCACUCAAACCUCAUUAAACAUCAGAAAAUUCAUAUAGGAAAGAAAUUAUAUAGAUGUGAUGUAUGUGGCAAAGUCUUUAUUAGAAAUUCACACUUUGCACGUCAUCAGACAAUUCAUACUGGAGAGAAACCUUACAAAUGCAAUGAGUGUGGCAAGGUCUUUAGUCAAAAUUCACAUCUUACAAGACAUCAGAGAAUUCAUAGUGGAGAGAAACCUUACACAUGUAAUGAGUGUGGUAAAGCUUUUAGCCAAAGUUCAAGCCUGGCUGACCAUCAGAAAAGUCAUUCUGGAGAGAAACCAUAUAAGUGUUUUGAAUGUGGCAAGGCCUUUAAGCAAUGGUAUUACAUCAAGAUUCACCGAAGAAUUCACACUGGAGAGAAACCGUACAAAUGUGAUGUGUGUGGCAAAGCCUAUAUCGCUCUUUCAAGCCUAACUAAUCAUCAGGUAAUCCAUACUGGAGAGAGACCUUACCAAUGUAAUGAAUGUGGGAAGUCAUUUAGGCAACAGUCUGAAAUCAGGAUUCACCAAAGAAUUCACGAUGCAGAGAAGCCUUUCAAGUGUAAUGAAUGUGGCAAAGCCUUUACUCAGCGUUCAACUCUCACUACACAUCAGAUAAUCCAUAAAAGAGAGAAACCAUAUAAGUGUGAUGUAUGUGGAAAGGUCUUUAGUCAAAAAUCACACUUUAAAAUCCAUCAGAGAAUUCAUUCUGGGGAGAAGCCAUACAAGUGUCAUGAGUGUGACAAAGCCUUUAUCGUGCGUUCGAGCCUCACUUCCCAUCAGGUAAUCCAUACAGGAGAGACAGAACAUAAAUGUGACGUCUGUGGCAAGGGCUUCAGUCAAAAUUCACACCUCGUGACUCACUGUAGAGUUCACACUGGAGAGAAGCCUUACAAAUGUAAUGUGUGCAGCAAAGCAUUUAGUGUGCGAUCAGGCUUAACUUCCCAUCAGGUAAUCCAUACGGGAGAGAAACCACAUAAAUGUAAUGUGUGUGGCAGGGGCUUCAGACAGACUUAUCACCUAGUGAAUCACCAGAGGAUUCAUACAGGAGAAAAGCCUUUCAAAUGUAACGAAUGUGGCAAAACAUUUAGCGUGCAGUCAACCUUAACUUCCCAUCAGGUCAUCCAUACGGGAGAGAAACCACAUAAAUGCGCUGUGUGUGGCAAGGGCUUCAGACAAAGUUCACAACUCGUGACUCACCGUAGGAUUCAUACUGGAGAGAAACCUUACAAAUGUAAUGAGUGUAACAAAGCAUUUAGUAUGCGAUCAACCUUAACUUCCCAUCAGGUAAUCCAUACAGGAGAGAAACCAUUUAAAUGUGAAGUAUGUGCAAAAUUCUUCAGUUACAGGUCUCACCUUGUGUAUCAUCGGAGAAUUCAUACUGGAGAGAAAACUUAACAGAUGACUUGAUUGUGGCAAAGCCUUUAUUUUGCGUUCAGGCCUUUCUUACCAUCAGGUAAUCCACACUGGUGAGAGACAUUACAAAUGUAAUCAGUGUUGCAAGGCUUUUAGAAGGUGUUCCCUCCUUAGGCUUCACGAGAAAAUUCAUACUCAGUAGAAGCUGUAUAAAUGUAUUGCGUGUGUCAAGGCUUUUAGAGAAUGGUUUGACCUUAGUAUUCUAUAAAGAAUUCAUUCUGGAGAGAAACCUUACAAAUGAUAUGAGUGUGUAAAACCUUUACUCGGGUCACAUUUCACCAGUCAUCAGGUAAUCCGUCCUGGACAAAACCUUACACAUUUACUGAAUGUGGCAAGGCUUUUUAGGUAUUGCCUACACUCGGGGUUCACCAAAUACUUUGUACUUACAAAUGCAAGGAGUGUGGCAAAGUUUUGAAUUAUUGCUUACUUUCAGGAUACAUAAGAAUAUAUGUCUUGGAGACAAACCACACAAAUCUAAUGUGCAUAGCAAGGAUUUUACCCAGACAUAAAAGGGGGAACAUACUGGAGCAAUAGUUUACAAAUGCAGUGGGAGUGGCAACAGUUUUACCUUGAGUUCAAGUAUUAUACAACAACUGAGAGUCCAUAUUGAGGAGAAGCCGUAUAGAUGUAUGGACAGAGGUUUAUCCAGGCCUCACACUGCACUAGACUUGAAAAUAUACAUCUUUCAGAAAAACCAUACAAAAGUAAUGUGCAGGCUAAGGCUUUACUCAAAGACCAAAACUGUGGAACAUAAGAGGAGUUAUAAGGCUUCCCUGGUGGCACAGUGGUUAAGAACCCAUCUGCCAAUGCAGGGGACAUGGGUUCAAGCCCUGGUCUGGGAAGAUCCCACAUGCCGCGGAGCAGCUUAGCCUGUGCACCACAACUACUCAGCCUGUGCUCUGGAGCCCGUGAGUCACAACUACUGAGUCUGUGUGCCACAACUGCUGAAGGCCACGUGCCUAGAGCCCAUGCUCUGCAAUAUGAGAAGCCACCACAAGGAGAAGCCCGGGCCCUGCAACCAAGGGUGAACCCCACUUGCCACAACUAGAGAAAGCCCCCGUGCAGCAAUGAAGACCCAAUGCAGCCAGAUAAGUAAAUAAAUAAAACUUUAUUUAAAAAAAUCCGUCUGCCAGUGCAGGAGACAUGGGUUCGAGCCCCGGUCCAGGAAUAUCCCACAUGCCACGGAGCAACUAAGCCCAUGCGCCACGACUACUUAGCCUGCACUCUAGAGCCUGCGAGCCACAACUACUGAGCCCUUGUGCCACAACUGCUGAAGCCCGUGGACCUAGAGGACGUGCUCUGCAACAAGAGAAGCCACUGCAAUGAGAAGCCUGUGCACCGCAACAAAGUUCCAAAGCAGCCAAAAAGGAAAGAAAAAGUUAUAUUGAAGAGCAAUCUUACAAAUGUAAUGAAUGUUGUACAGUUUUUUUAAUCACGUAUUCACAUCUUUGGCGUAAUGAGUGAAUUCAUGCAGGACAGAAACUAUACAGAUAUAUUAAACAUGGAAAUACCUUUAAGAAACAGUGUGUUCUUAAGAUUCACCAAAGAAUUCGUGUUGGGGAGAAUCCUUACAAAUGUAAUGUGUAAAUCUUUUGGCCAAUUCUUACAACACGCCAUACAUCCAAUAAUCCAUACUAGGAAUAACUAAGUCUUUACUUCUCUGAGAUUAACCUGAGAUGUUACAUACUGCAGAAUAAUUACAAGUCACAAAAUAUUAAAACUUAUGUAUAUCACUGCAGCAAGGACAUGUGGAAAUGGCCCUUCUGUUCUAAUAAAAUAUAGAGUAUUUCAUUUGAGUAUUCUUGAAAAGGCUGCAUUGCUACUUUAUGAAUUUCAAGCUAAGAUUUGAAGUCUUUUGAUUUUAUACCUUUCUUACAGGAAUUUCCUGAUGGUCUCUGGGAUGGAGUCAAGACGAAGGGGCCAAGUUCACUAGGUGUGGUUCAUUCAUAUCCACCUUUCCUGGAAAAACAAUACUAAAGGACUUCCCUGGUGGUCCAGUGGUAAAGAAUCCGCCUUCCGGGCUUCCCUGGUGGUGCAGUGGUUGAGAGUCUGCCUGCUGUUGCAGGGGACACGGGUUCAUGCCCCGGUCCAGGAGGAUACCACAUGCCACGGAGUGGCUGGCCCCGUGAGCCAUGGCCGCUGAGCCUGCGCAUCCGGAGCCUGUGCUCUGCAACGAGAGAAGCCACAACAGUGAGAGGCCCACAUACCGCAAAAAAAAAAAAAAAGAAUCCGCCUUCCAAUGCAGGGGAUGUGGGUUAAUCCUUGGUCAGGGAACUAAGAUCCCACAUGCUGUGGGGAAACUAGCCCACGCGCUGCAACUACUGAGCUUGCGCUUCUCAACUAGAGAGCCUGCGUG